AUAAGAGGGUUUGAUUGGGUUGUCAAAGUGAGAGAAAGGGGUUGGCGGUAAGUUGAAAGGGAAAUCUCGCUGUAUUUCUAACGGUCUUUGCUCGCUUGACCUUCUUAUUUUAUACUAAAUUUUUUAAGUGGGCGGGGCUUUAAUUUAAUUAUCUCUCGUAAAUGAAAUCCACGAAAUUUGAGUAAUCAUUCAUAAAUAAUUUAGCACUCUAUAAACUUAUACAAAAUGGCUAUUAAUAUGAGUGAUAAACGAUAUAUUUCCGAAAUAAUAAUUCCAGAAAUUGAAUUCAAUGUCAAUACUAACGGAAUCACACUUCAAGCAAAAUCUAGACUUAGCACUCCACGUUUUCUUCCAUUCGAUCAGUGUGGACGUUGUAGAGAGUGA